CUACGUGGACAGCUACAUCAAUUUUUUUUUACAUGUGUCCGCACGUGUAUUACACGCAGUGGACUUUCAGCAAAAAAAGGCCAUGCGACGUGCUAAAAGAAAAAGUUCAGGGGUACUUAAAACUAAUGAAAGUUCAGGUGUAUCAUGAAUAAAAGUCGAUAAGUUCAAGCAAUUAAUAUUUCUCUCUUAAAAGAAAUAAAAACCUUAUAUUAAAGGGGUUCCAAGUUGCACCCUAGAGAGAAAUAGUGAAAAAGAUUGCAGCUAUUGUAUUCAAACAGUGAAAAUAUAGGCAUAUUUGAAGUGGGGUUUGGAUAAAAAGGGAUAAAGAUUGUUCUUCAGGUGGAAGAAUUUCAUAAAGGGAACUCUGCACUUGAAGGUUUACUGCUUCCUGAGUUACUUUGGCAUUGACACUAGGAAAGACAUAAUGGCUAUUUGUGGUUCAAGGACUCAUAUUGGCCAUUUCGUUGGCAAUAUCACUGCUAUGCGUCUGCAUUAUAGUUCGUCUGCAAAAAGUUCUGCUGUUUUUUACAACAAAAGAGGUUUUCAGAAUGUUUGUAAAGCUAACAUUAGUUUGCGAAGCAAAGAGCGGCCCAAUAACCUCAUGUUUUCCCAAUAUUUCACGACUGAUGCUGCAAGGAGGAGCAGUGACCUCAAUCCACACAAAAGAUUUGGAUUGGAAGGUUUUCGCAAUUUAUCCCUGGAAUGUUUCUCUUCUGGAACUGCCUCUGCUUCUAAUGUGUCUUCUGAUAACUCUAAGGACACGGAACAAGUUGUAGAUGUUGUUGAUUCUUCUGAAGCUAAGAUCCACUUGAAACUAAACUCGGGAUCUUUUUACCUGCCUCAUCCUGCUAAAGCAAAAACUGGUGGAGAGGAUGCUCAUUUUAUUUGUACCCUUACACCAGCAAUUGGUGUAGCUGAUGGUGUUGGUGGAUGGGCUGAUCUUGGUAUUGAUGCUGGACUGUAUGCCCGUGAAUUAAUGUCUCACUCUUUAACUGCACUUCAAGAGGAACCAAAAGGUUCCGUAGACCUAAUCAGGGUACUGGAGAAAGCUUACGUGAGAACAAAAGCAAAAGGCUCUUGUACUGCUUGUAUUGUGGCACUCACCGAUGAGGGUCUUUAUGCAGUUAAUUUAGGAGAUAGCGGAUUUAUAUUGGUUAGAAAUGGAUGUGCUGCAUUUAAAUCCCCUGCACAACAGCAUGGGUUUAAUUUCCCAUAUCAACUAGAUUGCAAUAAAGCCGGUGAUUCACCUAGCUCCGCCAUGGUGUUUAAAGUUACUGUUGAACGUGGAGAUGUCCUAAUUGUCGGUACAGAUGGACUUUUUGAUAAUUUGUAUGAUGAGGAUAUCAGCGGAGUUGUACUUCAGGCCAUGGAAGCUGGCUUAGGGCCUCGGGUGACUGCUCAGAGGAUAGCAGAACUGGCACAGCAAAGAGCAAUGGACCAUACUAAAUCGUCACCUUUCUCUGAUGGAGCUCGCGAGGCUGGAUUUGACUACCAUGGUGGGAAGCUGGACGACAUCACUGUAGUUGUUUCUUACAUAACAGAGUAAUCGAAAAUCAUAACAUGCUGCAAUUUUCAGAGGCAUCGGUAACUGGAACUUGUGACCAGCUUGAUUCCUAUCUUGAAGUUUGAAACUGGAUCAGCAGCUGGAGGAGAUUAAUACAAUAUAACACCCCAUAAAUCCGAGGCACCAGUUAGAAUUUUGGCGUUUUGAUCUGUUUGUAGAACAAAAGACUGGAAUGAGAAGGCUACAGCAGCAUCUUGUGUCUAGCUUAGAGUUCACUUCAGUUUGAUUGAAGUAUUUUACUUUCUGAAAUUCAAAUAGCAUGUUGGAAUCAUUAAACAUUUGAAAAGGAUUUUUCUUCUGUA